AAAAUCAGAAACUGUUCAGCACAGACAGACUGUCUGCAACACAACUCGCUUCGCAGAAGAAGUACAAUUAGCCACUGGUUAACAACAUCCGCCAGAGAGCUUCUUCACGAAUAUGGCUUCAGAAACGCCCAAAGGGGUCUCUUCGAGACUCCUAACAAUGAAGUUUAUGCAGCGAGCUGUUGCAUCAGCCCCAUCGCCACAAUCAGACGACAGCUCCCAGAGUUCAAAAAAACGAAAGCUGAGGCAUUCAGCGAGCAAAGCUGCGGAAGAACGAGUCAGCGCGUUGAUAGAUCAGGCAUCUAUUAAAGCAGCUCUCGAGGACCAGGAGGCGAAACGACAGGCAGCGCUAGCCCAACACACUGCGACUGGCGCGCAUUGGGUUUUGAACACAAAGUUGGACAAAUUGAAUGCUGGCAAACCUUCAGAACCCUCCCUGAACAUUGUUUAUGUGGGCUAUGGAGAUAUAGAUUCAUCCAACGAGUCUGGCGGCGAGGAUGCCCCUCAGAGUGGGCGGACCUCGACACGGAAACCCAAGGUAGUCGAGAAUCAGAAGCCUAGCUCUGGUAAAGACGACCGACCAGAUGAGGAAUCAUCUAGUGACGAUGACGAUGACGAUGACGACGAUGCAAACCCGAAGCGCAAGAGUAGACGGUUAGAUUCUGGAGAUGGUUCGAGCGGAUCCCAGUCGCGGUCAAGGCCGAGAUUCAGCGAGGAAUCCCAAAAGGCGAAAGAUUUCCGUGAGAAGCGAAAGAAGAAGGAGGUCCGACUGAAUAACAUCUCUUCUAUAUCUUCUGGAGGCGCUGGUGGCCCAGCUUCUUCCGCCUGCUACAUCUGUAAGCAGCCUGGACACAAGGCAGCCAAUUGUCCCAAGGGUGCUUCCAGGAGAUGAACGAUUUUGCCUUUUGGCCCAAUAUCGGUGAAAACUUUUGUUUCCAUUGUAUUGCUUAUACGCAUUCUUUUCCCAUGGGGACACGUAAUUUCCAUGACUGCAAGAGGAUUGCCUCUCCAACUUAUACCCGAUCCGCUUAUAGACGAAUGCUUGCUUCAGCAGCUCGCAUCAUUUUAUUUAUUACUUCGUAUUAGAAGCUCUGGUCUGUCGUACGGACACAACGCCAUCAUGUAGAUGCGCAAACGAACAAUGAACAAAGGCCUUGGGUAACAUUCCCGGUCACAUAGCAUAGCAAUAUUAAGUACCAAAAUUAAAAACUACCUAAAUUACGC